AUGGAAUUAAAUAAAUGUUUUUCAAAAGCUGAUGCUAAAUAUGUUUGUGCCGCAGAAUUUUCCAGGAUAACAAUAAUCCUGUUUAACUUGAAACUUACACAAAAAAAGCUUUUUUCCGAGAUGAGCAUGCUUCAACUUUGGAAAUAUUGUGAUGAGUCGAGAUAUUUAAUUAAACUUAAUGGUCUGAAUCAUCUUAUGCCAUGGUUACAAAUCCUGCUUUCUACCUUGACUAUCAGUCACUAUUGGGUGGUUAAACACGAGAUAAGUGAAAACUUUCCACAAUACUAUGCAUAA